AUGUCCUCGGUGACAGGUGCGGAAUCCACCAUCAAUGCAUUCGUCGAGGCCAUACAUCCAAGUUUCGACUACCUCCUCUCGUGCACUGCGUUCUCCGCGUGUCUGUUUACUCUCCUUGUGGUCCUUUUUGCCUUCUCCACGCACGAGUCUCGACGUCGCGCGGUAUUCCGACUGAACGUAUUCGCUAUCUGUCUCACCCUGACGCUGGGCAUCUUGACUGGCUUGUCCAAUGGCAAGGCAAUAACCGACCCAUUUCAUCAGGUGCCGAAAGGCGUCUAUAUUGCUACAGCUGCUUUCUCCCUCAUCCCACCGCUACUGUAUGACUCGAUACUGUUAUCUCGACUCUUUGCACUUUAUCCCGUCUCCACCACGCCUCGGGCCACCCUACUGAAAAUAUUCGCAUUCCCAUUCUGCAUUAAAUGUGCUCGAGUGGUUGUUAUCGCCCUUGGGCUCUCUGAUUUUGUUAGGUCCGGGAUGAACACCAGCGAGCUCGUCCAGGAUGAGCUUGCCACGUGGUUCCGAAAUCCUAAACCAAUUGCUGAAUGGUCAAUGCAAGUGGCAGACAACUUCUAUUCCGUCAGCCUCUUCCUCUACAACCUGCAUGUCCGUACAUCGCCAGUAAAUAGAGGUACAACCUGCCUAGCGGAUCGUAUCCGCCAUAUAUUCUACAUCUCCGUGGCCAAUUUCGUCUUUCCUCUCAUCUUCAACAUCGCGCAAAUCGUCUCGGUAGCGACUGAUCAUUCCCCCACUACCGGCGCCGUGCUAGUAUUGAUCAACAACUACGUUACGGUCAUGGGUGUACUAUGUGCCACACUGUGGUUCUCAGGAACGGAGUGGGUUCGAGCCCACAACCAAUCAUCAAGUAAUGACAUGUUCUUACUCAAUGCAAGGCUGGGUAGGUUACAUGGUGGUAGUGGGAAGAGCGGGGACGAAAUUCUAGUAAUCGGAGGGGGGUCUGUUAUUCCUGACGUGACAGACUCAGAUGCUAGGCCAACGAAGGAUUCCAAUCAGCAUACUACCCUAGUGCAGGAGGAGAAUUAUAAUUUAGCGUGA